AUGGCUACUCAACUAAACGAGCUUGUGGGCUUCAUUGCCAACCCAAACGCGCAGAUUCGUCUGCUUGCUGCUGAGAACCUGGUUCCUUACUCGUUGGCAGAACCCAACGUCUUCAAGGCUGAGAAGCUCCAACCCAUCAAGCAUCUCAGUUUCUUGGUUCGAGAUCAUCCCAAAAUCGCCGAGCAUGCUAUUACAAUGCUCGUCAACUUGUCAAGUGACAAAGAGGUCCUCGAAUUUCUAGCCACUGACGAGAAAUUUUUGGGCAUUGUUUUUGAUCUCAUAGUGAACCCAGAAGAAACCAAUGCCAACCUACUAGCCAUGCUUGUCGCCAACCUUUCAAAGUGGGAUGGCUUGAAAGACUUCCUCAAGCGAAAGCAAGAGCCUCCCAAGGAGCUGGGCUCAGAUGAAGUCGUUCUCAACCAGCUGCUGGAUCUUUUCGUCAAGGGACAAGACGGCACAUAUAACAAGAAAGCCGAUUUUGACUAUCUAGCCUAUGUCUUUGCCGAUUUAUCUAAGCACGCGGACAUCAGAAAUCAUUUCCUUCAAGAGCAGUCAUACGACAAGGUCAUUCCUCUUAACAAGAUCAAGGUAUUCACCGAGCACAAGUCCGAUAUUCGACGCAAGGGCGUUGCCAGCACCAUCAAGAAUCUUACUUUCGAGGUGUCAUCUCAUCCUGCAUUCCUAUCAGAGGAUGAGAUCGAUAUCCUACCCUACAUCCUGCUUCCUAUCAUGGGCAACGAGGAAUACGACGAUGACGAUAGCAUGGACAUGCUGCCUGAUCUACAACUUCUACCGCCCGACAAGAAGCGAGACUCCGACAACCAGAACGUGCAGACACAUGUGGAGACACUCACCCUAUUGACAUCAACACGGGAAGGACGUGAUUACAUGCGUCGCGUCAAGGUCUAUCCUGUUAUCCGUGAAACACAUCUGAGAGUCAACGAUGAGGGUGUUCAGGAGGCUUGUGAGAGACUUGUGCAGGUGUUGGCGCGAGAUGAGGAAGGUGAAGGUGAAGGUGAAGCUAAGGAAGAGAAUGGAGUCAAGGCCAUUGAGGGUAAGCCCGAUGCUGCUAACGGACGGGUUGAAGAAGUGGUUGAGGAUGAAGAUGAUCAGCUCGUUGAGGUUUAA